CAUCAACUGACUCUUCUAGAUCUACUUUCUGCUGGAUCGUGGUAGUUUUGUUUUAUUGUUUCCCGGAUCGAUAACGUGAAUCCGGCUUUGAUCCGUCAUCUAUCUUCACCAUUCCACGUUCACCAGUUAGUGGAAUGACCUGCAUCCUCUCAACUCAAUAGUCUCGACAAACACUUUACUCUUUAUUGGCGAGAGAUUCCUAUCCAGCACAGCCGGUGAAGAAGAUGUCGAUUCCGAACUUCACCGGAAACUUCCGUCAAGGACGACGGAUUAACCUCGCGCGUGGCUCGGCCUCGACACUCCGGAAUUCGCACUCGGUGCUGCAAGAUGCGUCGGCCGCGCGCGCAAAACGCGAAGAGAACCGGAAGCGUGAGAAGGCGGCGGUCGCGAUUCAGUCGUUUUAUCGCGGGCGGCAGGAGAUUGCUGCGACGCGAAUGCAGAUGCGGGAGGCGUUUAUCGCAAACGCGAGCAGCGGCGAGGCGAGCGAGCAGAUUGAUCCAAACGAGUCGGUGGCAAUGUUUCUUUUCUUUUUCGGAAAAUGCGGAGCGAUUGAGGACGACGUGAAAUUGGUUCCGGCACUGGAGCAGGUGAUUAGGAGUCAUGCGUCGCAAGUGCGGCCGCUGCUGGCGCGGAAGCUUGCAAAGCUGAUGCUCUCAUGCGUCGAGACUGCGGCUUCUUCUUCUCUUACUGAGCCGCUUUUACGACUGCUAUCGUCCGUGCAGAAAAGUGUUGAUCUCUCGGUGCUGCUGGAGGCGUAUAGUUCUUUACUUUCGCACUUGUCGGACGCCCCAACGGCUGCAAAAGUGGUGGAUAAUGUUAUCUCAGCUCUGGGCUCUGCUUUAGAUUCCGCCCCAGAUGACAGAGACCGUGUGCUUAAACUUUACGUAUUGCUCUUGCUUUCAACUUCUCGACUGUUUGUCACUCUAGCAGACACAGAGCAAGCCAAAAGACUAGCGCAAAUUUUCGAUUUCGAUCGCGAUCUGAUUCCUGCUCUUGAGGCAUGCUCAUUAGUCACCUUCGAGUCGGUGAAGGACAUUGUUGAAGGUCCGUACGACGUUGAUCUCCGCAUGGCAUGGCUUCUAGCAAACGUUCUCUUUCUGUGGAAGGAAACUAGUACGCCGUCGUCAACACGGCAGCCGAUUCACUUGAUGCAUGGCAUUGGAAAUCUUCUGCUAUCGCUCUCGGCCUCUACGGUUACAAGGUUAGCGAAACGAUUCGCCAAGGAAGAAACAAGCGGCAAGACCACCGGUAUCUACGAUCCGUUCAUUUUGUCUUCUGUGCUGUCUUUAGAAGACCGGGACGUCUUUGAGAUGGCGAUCUCGCCGUUUCGAAAUUCGAGCUCGACAAUUAGUCUUGAAGACUGCUUUACAAUCUGCAGAUUUUUGGUGGGAUUGGCGCGCAUAUGGCCUGGGAAAACCAGCAAGAUUCGAUACUUUCUAUAUCUCAAUCCCGAACAUACGCUGCCGCUCUUUUUCAAAACCCUGGAGUCGCUGUCGAUUUUCAUUGCGCUUGAUUCAACAUCGCAGUCAUCGAAUGCGGAUCCGCGGCAGACCCUUUGGCCUACCAUCAACUCUGCCUCGGAGAUGUACGACAAACGCAUAGAAGAAUGGGAGAUCCUGGCUUUAUUUCUGGAUAUCUGCUGGCACUGGAUGAUCAUGACCGACGACGACGAGUUCUUUGACGACAAGCAGUACGGUCUUUCUCAAGACGACGUGCGGCGACUGGGUCUGUUUUUGAAAACGCUCGUGUGUCUGAUUAUCUGCAACUCUGAUCCCAACACGACGCUACUAAAAGACCGAAGUCUCAAGCUCGCGAGCGGGAACGAUAACUACCUGCCACUUUACCACACGUCGAACCUGACGCUCGACUCAAUCAAGCAGGACGCGGUCGGUAUCAUGCGGCAGCUGUAUUAUCGAGACGCGCGGCGGCAUUUCUUGGGAGACGCGUAUUGGCUUAUGCUCGACGCGCUCGAUGUGAGCACGUUCUCGCAACUAGCGGUAGCGGACGCGGAACGGGCAAAGAAGUUCCAGGACGCGGACGGCGAUGGUACGGACGGGAUGGUUGACUCGUCUUCUGAAUCAGAGGAAGACGAAGACGGCGACAAAAGAAUGGCGAAUGCGUCAGCUGCUACGCGCAGGGAUUUGAAGCGGCGGAUGACGAGUCUUCCCCGUCUCGAGCUGCUGCAAAAAGUUCCGUUCGUGCUGCCGUUUUCUCUGCGCGUCGAGGUUUUGGACAAGUCGUUGGAGAUGGACCGUCAUCGCACGGGGCUCGAUAGAGAUUACGAACUUCGACACCGGCGGUAUACUGCCUCGAUCCGACGCGGGCGCGUGCUAGAGGACGCGUUUGAGCAGUUGGGACAUUUGAAGAGCGAGCUAAAGUCGCUGAUUGGCAUCACGUUCUACAAUGAAUACGGAGCCGAGGCUGGAAUUGACGGCGGUGGAAUCACCAAAGAGUUUUUGAGCGCAAUCACGCUCGAAGGGUUUGGUCCAGAAUCGGGUCUGUUUGUGGAAAACAGCGAAAACAUGCUGUAUCCGAAUCCGCAGGCGACCUCGCCGGAGCAAUUGCAGCGGUUCGAGUUCCUGGGCCGGAUCAUCGGGAAGGCGAUAUACCAGGGCAUUCUUCUUGAGGUUGCGUUUGCGCAGUUCUUUUUGAGCAAGUGGCAGGUUCAGGGGAAUUCGCAGUUUGGGUCCGGAUUCCGCAACACGUUUGACGAUCUGUGGAGUUUAGACGCAGCGCUGUAUCAGGGACUGAUCAAGUUGAAGAAUUUCAAGGGGGAUGUCGAGGCGGUGUUUGGACUCAACUUUACAAUCACCAACGCGAGUUCGCAGACCGUCGAGCUUAUUCGCAACGGUGCAAAUGUUCCGGUGACGAACAGCAACAGACUACAGUACAUUCACGCGGUGGCAGAUUAUAAGCUCAACAAGGAGCUGUACCUGCAAACGAUGGCUUUUUUGAGCGGCAUGAACGACCUGCUAAGUCCGAGCUGGCUGAUGAUGUUUGGCCCGCACGAGAUGCAGACGCUGAUUGGUGGCGCAGCGUUGCCGAUCGAUCUUGAGGAUUGGCGGCGGAAUACGGUGUUGAGUGGGUAUCUGCAGGGUGAUGACACCGUGCGAUAUUUCUGGGAGGUUAUCAGCGAGUUUAGCGACAAGGAAGUAAGAGAAGUCCUCAAAUUCGCAACCUCGGUCCCGCGCGCGCCAUUACAAGGCUUCGGAUCGCUAAACCCGAAAUUCACAAUCCACGAAGCAGGCCUACAAGAAGGUCGUUUGCCGACCGCGUCCACGUGCGUGAAUAUGCUCAAGCUGCCGCGGUAUUCGGAUAAGAAGACGUUGCGCGAGAAGUUGCUGCUGUCGAUUACUGCGGGAGCUGGGUUUGAUUUGUCGUAGAUUAGGUUGAUUUGUAUAGAAGGAAAGAAGGGAGAUUGCAUUUUGUGGCGCAGAUGGAUUUGGAGAUGGAGUGUAGAUAUCUACUCGAUGAUUUAGUGGAAUUGAAUCAAAU